UGUUUGAACUAAAAGUCUGGAGCUGGACUCAAGCAGCAGUUCAGAUCGAUUCGUGCGUAAUUGGAAAAAUGAAACUGAGACAAGAGACCUGCGUGCGCGCGCGCACACACACAAACACACACUGACACGAGCACGAGAGGCAACAAAAAGCAGGUGAAGCUGUGAAGGUGAGUCCAGACGGCAGGUGUGGAGAAGCUGUGGCAACUUAAAGCGAAGUUUAAUCUGCGUCUACUUCAAAUGAAAUAUUAACUCUUACAGAGAGCUGAUCGAUUAAUCUCUGAUCAUUAUUGACAAUAUAUAGCUGUGUGGUAAUGUUAGGGAACUGUAAUCUGACUUUAACAAAGUAAAUCAUCGGAGUUUGGAGGAAUGUGGAGUUUGUGUUUUCGUCUCCGGGUCAGACUCGUAAAAACCAAACAGCAGCAGCAGCAGAAGAAAACAGGUCCAAACCAUUUUCUCCACUUACCUCUGUAAUGUCAAUUGCCAUUGUUGGCGGCUGUGUCCGCGUCGCUCCGCCCCUCCAUGUGUUGGAGUCUGAGUCCGGCGGGAUAAGGGCAACUCGUCUCCUCCUGCAGCCGAUCAGCUGGACUUCUUCCCAGGGAGGCAGAGGAAGCAAGAAGCCGGAGGGAGGGAGGGGGACGCAGGCAGAGAGCCGCCGGACGAACCCGCUCACAUCCAGGAACAGGCAGCAGGAGCAGAGGGCGCGCGGGGUGGCCGCACCAUGUCCUUGAGCCCAAAGCACUCCACUCCCUUCUCAGUGACAGACAUCUUGAGCCCGAUGGAGGACAGCUACCGGAGGUUCGGAGGCAUGGAUCCCGCCGCGGGGAGCCUCGGGUCCCCGCUGGGCGCCUACCGGCAGCCGCAGGUCUCCCAGCCCGGUAUGCAUCCUCAUCAGCAGCCGCAGGCGCAGCCGCAGCAGCAUCAGCCGCCUCAUCUCCACCACCAUCACCACCACCAUCACCAUCACCACCUGUCCUCCUCCUCUUCAUCCUCAUCCUCCUCCUCUUCCUCAGCCUCGGCCGCCGCGCUGGGACCCGCCGGGCCCUAUCACGUGCCCCACGGGGUGCCGCAGUUCUCCGGGGCCGUCGGCGGCUUCUGCAACGGCGGCAUCGGGAACGUGGGAGACCUGCCGUCCUACCAGGAGACGGUGAGGAGCGGAGGGGCGGCGGCAGCGGCGGCGGCGGCGGCGUGGUACAGCAACCCGGAGCCGAGAUAUCCGACAAUUUCCAGAUUCAUGGGCCCCUCCGCCGGGAUGAACAUGUCCGGGAUGGUGGGCGGUCUGGCCGGGAUGGACUCCACCGCCAAGUCCAUGGUGACGCUGCACGCGGCGCCGCGCAGGAAGCGGCGGGUGCUCUUCUCUCAGGCGCAGGUGUACGAGCUGGAGCGGCGCUUUAAGCAGCAGAAGUACCUGUCGGCCCCGGAGAGGGAGCACCUGGCAGGGCUGAUCCACCUCACCCCGAACCAGGUCAAGAUCUGGUUCCAGAACCACCGCUACAAACUGAAGCGGCAGGCCAAGGACAAGGCCACGCAGCAGCUGCAGCAGGACGGAAGCGGAGGAGGUGGAGGAGGAGGUGGAGGAGGAGGCCUCCGCCGCUCCUCCUCCGUGUCCCCGGUCCUCUCCAAGAACGGUAAGAGCUGCCGGACCAGCUCCGGCGACUGCAACCAGACCGGGAACCGGCAGAGCAGCUCGGAGGAGGCCAUGACGGCCCCGCAGCAGCAUCAGCAGCAGGUGAACCAGCUGUCGUCCACGGAGGAGCUGGAGGAUCUGUCUCCCAGUCCGCCGCUGGGACUCCACGGUCAGAUCAACAUGACGCAAACGGACGCGGCGCUCAUUGAGUACACCAACAGCAUGAUCGGCUCCAAUUUACUGUACGGGAGAACUUGGUAGGGGCACGAGGAGGCGGGCUUGGAUUCUUUGGAGAAGCGGCUGGAGGACUAGCUCCAGGUUCUCUCCUCUCCGUACCGUGCGUAAAGUUCCGGUUCCUUUACGCACACAGGGACUCAAAAGACACUCGGUGGUUUUGAGCAACACGGUGCAAAAAUAAACUGUAUAUUAGAGGCGUGAACCUGGUCUGAAUGUUGAAUUAUUUUCUCCCCUCGAAACGAAAUAUUUGUUCAGUCUUUGUUUUUGUAAGUGACAGAUGUGACCGCUGCUGCGUCACGAGACAAAACCGUGAAAUCUAAUGUGAGGAGAUUCAGGCCGAGGCACGUGCACUGCGCCUCUUUCAUCUCUACAAUAAAUUCAACUAUUGUAGGUUUAUAUAUGAAGUUAAUAAAAAGUGAAGCAAUAGAAACCGGUUUAAAACAGAAACAAACAGGUGAUUUAUCCCGGGAGGAACGACGCAGCUCUUUCUCGAUUUGGAAAUAUUUUCGUUGAAAGUAAGUCAUGAAAUAUUCUUUGUUAAGCUGAUUUUAAUUUGUUUCCAGUACUGAAUAAAUGAUAUUUUCAUUUUGAA